GUUUUCAGUUUCGGUUUCCAGUUUCCAGUAAGCAAAACCUAUCUCAUUGGCUGUGCUCCAGUCAAAGAGGGAGUUGUUAUAAAUAUCCAGAGUCAGAUCUUCUGGAAAACACAUCCAAGCUCAGACUUUGGAGUCUAUUACAUAGAAAAUCUGCUUCUAGCCGUCUCUGCAGAUUAGACUCAGGUUGAUGCUUGUCACUUUCUGCACCAUGGAAUUCUUCCCAGUAGCCACUUCAGUGUCUUCCCUGGCUUCUAAGGUAAUGGGGUCCAAAGUAAUGUCAGUGAGCCUGGCCAAAGCCACAGAGGUGGUGUCCGUAGGACUCACCCUGUCAUCCACAGCUGCUCUGAGCCAGGCCACAACUUCCCUGGGAUCCCUGCUGGGGACACUGAAAGCCUCCUGCCUGCUGGGAUCCCCUGUGGUGAACUUGACUGUUUUCAAGGUUGGAGCCAAAGCUGCAGCAGCUGUGAUAGGAGGAGCCCUGUCCACGGCGGCCGUGCCCGCCAUGCUGAACGCCGUGGGCUUCACCGGGGCCGGGAUCGCCGCCUCCUCGCUGGCGGCCAAGAUGAUGUCCGUGGCUGCCGUUGCCAACGGGGGCGGGGUCGCCGCCGGCAGCCUGGUGGCCACGCUGCAGUCCGUGGGAGCAGCUGGACUCUCACUGUCAUCCAAAAUCAUCCUGGGCUCCACAGGGACAGUGCUCGUGUCCCGCAUGGUGGGCCUGUAAUAGUUUCCCGCCUCUCCGCCUGCAGAGAAGAGCCCUGCCGCCACCGGCCCGCCCGAUGCAGGGAGGGACCAACCCUGGGUGACAACUGUACCCUGAGGAAAAUAGGAAUAAAAAUUGUUAUUGCA